ACCACUCCAAACCUCCUCCUCCCGGACAAAUCUCUACUCUCUGGCAUAGAGAAAAUGUGUUUCGUAGUUCCAGAUAACGAUUCAUUUUGGGACUAAGAUGUGACGCCUCCCCCCAGUCCAACUGAGCCGCCAGCGCGCUGCAGUGGCCCCUGAGGUCCGCGGAGGAGGGUGGUAGCAGGCAGCAGCUGGCCCCGACGCCUGCCUCCUGCCGAGUUGCUCUUGCUCCAUCCUACAAGAGCAGAGGACAGCGCGUCCCGCAGCCUGCAGGUGUCUCCCAGCGGAGACAGCUGCGGAGCCCCUUGGGAUCAUGUGUGGUACCAGAGCAGAUGUUCGCUUGCUCUUGGUGCUCUUUGUGAGACAGACCCUCUCUGAUCCUGUCAGCGCGCUGAAGCACACCGACUACAAGAGGACGGCCGCACUCCCGCGCCUGCAGCUGCUCCUUUAACGUACAAAGGCAGGAUUUCAAGUGAAGAGAAGAAUGGGAGUCUGGCUGCAGCGUUUCUUUCAUUGCUACAAUAACAGAUUGGAAGAAGCUGAGAGUUUUGAUGCCUGGACAACUGGAUUCUGAAUCGUGAGAGGCUUUGGCCCCCCUCCCCUCCCCACAUAAAACAAGCCCCUUUGACUUCUUCUCUCAGCAGGAGGGGGAGGGAGGGCGGAUUUACCAUGAAGACAAAUCGAAGAUGCAGAGCCCUGCUAGCAGUGAGUCUGAAUCUGAUGGCUCUCCUCUUCUCUACAACAGCUUUUAUCACGACCCACUGGUGUGAGGGCACACAGAGGGUCCCCAAGCCGAGCUGUGGGAAAGAGAAGAAGACAAACUGCCUCAACUACAGCGGGAAUGAGACUGCAAAUGAGACAAACCAGAAUGUGGUUCAUUACAGCUGGGAGACUGGAGACGACCGCUUCCUUUUCAGGUAUUUCCACACUGGGAUCUGGUACUCAUGUGAGGAAAAUAUCAAUGCUGCUGGUGAAAAAUGUCGAAGUUUUAUCGACCUUGCCCCGGCUUCUGAAAAAGGUGUCCUGUGGUUAUCAGUAGUAUCCGAGGUGUUAUACAUCAUGCUGUUAGUCGUCGGAUUCAGCCUUAUGUGCCUCGAGCUCUUUCAUUCAAGCAGUGUGAUAGAUGGGCUCAAGUUAAAUGCCUUUGCUGCUGUCUUCACUGUGCUUUCAGGUCUCUUGGGGAUGGUGGCACACAUGAUGUAUACUCAAGUUUUCCAAGUGACAGUCAGCCUUGGACCAGAGGACUGGCGACCCCAUUCAUGGGACUAUGGAUGGUCCUUCUGGGCUUCACAACACCCAGCUCUAAAUGUCACUAGCACGCAGAGGAACAGGAGUGACCAUAAUGCUCAGAAAAUUCCCCCAUUCGCUACGUCAAACUCUUCCAGUGACACAUCAAGCAGCUCUUCACUUUCAUCAGAACCAACCAGCCAGAUCUCCAUGGUUCAGGAUCAAACCCUGCUGGACAUUGCCUCCAUCACUAGAUUGGCCCCAGGAGAAUCACCAAACCCUCAGCCAUUUGAGCAAAGAGAUAAACAUUUAGCAAUAUCGUGUCCCAGCCCACUUGGAGCAAGGACUAUUCCAGCAUCUUGCCCAGCCAGCCCCAGGCUCAGUGUAACACCCAGCUCAGCCAAGCCACAGCAAUACUCUGACUCUUCUCCAGUCAGUCCAGGGAUCAAUGCAGCUUCCUUCUAUACCUUUUGUCCUCACACAGCACAAAACGUACAAGCUUCAGCAUCAGAUCACACACUGACCCCAACAAGGAAAAGCACAAGGCCUCCAGCAAUGACUCCUGAAGAUAGUUCCCAGUCUCCUGGCUAUUCUAAAACUGGAUUAAAGAAUACAGGAAAGGGUUUUGAAUCAGAUCUGGAAGAUCCUGGUCAUGAAAGGACAUUUGUAACCAUGAAGGAAUUCCAAGCCAUGGAGGAAGAACUAGAGGAUGUAAAAGAAGAAUUGAAAUGCCUGAAGUGGAAAGUGAGACACAUUGGUGAGACUGUGCAGCCCUUGGCUGAAGACAGCAAGCGUUACAAUGGCUAUACCCUGACAGAGCUCAAGGCAAUGGUGCAGUUUGAGGAUGACCCUUACAAGGCUGCACACAAGAUCCUAACUGUGCUCUUCAGUGAUGUCUACUUGCUACAGCACUCGGUCACUGAACAGGCCUGCAACUCCCGAUCUCUGCCCAAGCCCCAAAUAGACCCAGAGCUGUACACAGUGUACUGUGACAUUCUGAGGAGCAUAUUCCCUGGAAUUAGCAGCCAGACCUUGAGGGAGGAGACACAACACAUGCAGAAAAGCACCCAGAAAGAACUGCAAUAACACCAGAACCCCCAACAUGUUCUGGAAAGUGAGAAGUGUCCAAUGAUUUUAGAGGAUUAACUGUGGUAGGUACCAUUGGUUGAGUCUAUCCCUACUAGGUAUAAAGCAUCUCUAAAGAUACUGGUGAGCUCUGAGCCCUUCAUGCCACUUGCCCAGUGAGACAGGGUGGGAAGGCAUUCUGCAUACUUCUGACAUUCUAGAGAAAAAAAUGCCCCUUAGUGUCUUUUUCAAUAUAUGGACGUUUCCUUGUUUCCAGCAACUACAAAUGCUGACAAAAAGAUCCAGAGAAGGCAUUAUAUGUCCACGCAAGGGCAUUCUCCCAGCCCCAAACAGACCAACAAACCAGCAUCUGGGUAGUUUCUAUUUUCUAGAGUAUAUCAUUCAUUAAAUGACAUUACUUGUUAGAAAA